CUGAUGCAGGACACUCACGUGACCAGGCAGGCGCUGAACGAGAUCGAGGACCGCCAUCACGAACUGCUUCGUCUGGAGAAGAGCAUCUCUGAGCUCCAUGAGCUGUUUCUGCUGCUGGCCAUGGAGGUAGAAUCCCAGGGCGAGAUGGUGGACAACAUCGAGAGUAACAUCUCCAACUCGGUGAAUUACGUGGACAAAGCCAAGCAGAACACCGGCGCUGCCGUGGUCAGCCAGAGAAAGGCCCGGAAG